AGAAGAAACAAGAGUGCGGCGUGAACAUGGGGAGGCAAAAGAAAGCAAGAAAGUAUGCAACCAUGAAGCGAAUGCUUAGUCUCCGAGAUCAGAGGCUGAAAAAGAAGGAUAGAUUGAAACCUAAAAAGAAAGAAAAGAAAGAUCCAAGUGCACGCAAGGGAAGAGAAGUCCCCCAACAUCCUUCCUGCUUAUUCUUCCAAUAUAACACACAGCUGGGCCCACCUUACCACAUCCUGGUUGAUACCAACUUUAUCAACUUUUCCAUUAAAGCCAAACUUCACUUAGGACAAUCAAUGAUGGACUGUCUGUAUUCCAAGUGUAUCCCUUGUAUAACUGACUGUGUAAUGGCUGAAAUUGAGAAAUUGGGGCAAAAGUACCGAGUGGCUCUAAGGAUCACCAAGGAUCCAAGAUUUGAACAAUUACCGUGCACACACAAAGGAACCUAUGCAGAUGACUGCCUAGUAAAGAGAGUAACUCAGCAUAAGUGUUACAUUGUGGCCACAGUUGACUGGGACCUUAAAUGA